AGGAUAGUACCCAAAACUAUUUGGCAACCCUCGCUCGUCUUCGUCUAUAAAUAGACGCGUCUGCUCCACCUGGUCUACUCAGUGCUUAAGCAGCUUUAGCUUGCCAGCAAGAAGAAAAUAUGGCUCCACUUCUCGCUACUGCCAUGGCCAUGAACCACGCUGGCCAUCCAGGACCAAAUCAUGAGAGUUUCUCACGGCACCACCUAUCUUGCUCACCACAAAACAGUAAGCCAAGGUGUAAUCUUAGCUUCAGGCCACGAGCCGAAAGGGUAAGCGGUCAGAAUAAUGGAAGCCAAGUGCUGAGCGCAGCCGGGGAUGUCCCUCAAAGAAGCAUGUUCCCCCCUGACUUCAUCUUUGGUGCCUCCACUUCAGCAUACCAAAUUGAAGGUGGAUGGAAUGAAGAUGGAAAGGGGCCAAGCUCAUGGGAUUACUUCUGCCACAAUUUUCCAGAGUGGAUAUUAGACAAGAGCAAUGGGGAUGUUGCAGCAGAUUCGUACCAUAUGUACCCUGAGGAUGUCAGAUUGCUGAAGGAAAUAGGGAUGGACGCCUAUAGGUUCUCCAUCUCUUGGUCCAGAAUACUGCCGAAUGGGACGCUCGAAGGGGGUAUUAAUCCAGAUGGCAUCAAGUACUACAAAAAUCUCAUCAAUUUGUUGUUAGAGAACGGAAUAGAACCGUUUGUAACCCUUUUCCACUGGGACACACCUCAAGCACUGAUGGACAAGUACGGCGGUUUUUUAGAUAAGAGUAUUGUAAAAGACUAUACAGACUUCGCCAAGGUGUGCUUUGACAACUUCGGUGACAAAGUAAAGAACUGGUUUACCUUUAAUGAGCCCGAGACUUUUUGUACCUUUUCGCACGGAACUGGACAAUGCGCCCCAGGGCGGUGCUCCCCUGGGAUAAUCACUCCAACGGGAUCCACAAGUUGUGCUAACCCAAUUGGAAACUCGCUCACUGAGCCAUACAUUGUUGGCCACAACCUUCUCCGAGCCCACGCCGAGGUUGUUGAUCUUUACAACAAGCAUUACAAGAUAGAUUACAAGGGUGAGAAUGGACGCAUAGGGAUUGUAUUUGACGUGAUGGGCCGUGUGCCAUUCGAAAAAUCGGCGUUUAUUGAUCAACAGGCCGAAGAAAGGUCCUGGGACAUCAACCUAGGAUGGUUCUUGGAGCCGGUUGUCCGUGGAGACUAUCCAUUCUCCAUGAGGUCGUUGGUAAGGGACCGACUACCCUUCUUCACUAACGAGGAGCGAGAGAAGCUAGUGGGCUCCUAUGACAUGCUGGGGUUAAACUACUACACCUCAAGGUUCUCCAAACACAUCGAUAUCACGCAACACAACACGCUAAGGCUCAACACUGACGAUGCAUAUGCCAGUCAGGAAACGAAAGGGCCUGAUGGCGAGCCCAUUGGUCCUCCGAUGGGGAAUUGGAUCUACCUGUAUCCUCAAGGCCUAAAGGAUCUCCUUAAGAUCAUGAAGGAGAAAUACGGAAACCCACCCAUGUACAUCACUGAGAACGGGAUGGCUGAAGUUGACCUUGGCCAUAACUUGAAUGACCAGAAAAGAAUAGAUUACCUCCAGAGCCACUUGGCAGCUCUUCAGGACUCAGUGGAGUCGGGAGCAAAUGUGAAGGGCUACUUCCUUUGGUCUCUGCUGGACAACUUCGAAUGGUUCUGCGGCUACACCCAACCUUACGGCAUCGUCUAUGUGGACCGCAACGAUGGCUGCAAGCGCUACAUGAAGCAGUCAGCCAAGUGGUACAAAAGCUUCAUCGCUGCGAAUGAUAAAUGAAGUGCACCCAUACGUAUACUCACUACCAGAGGAGAGGUAGUGGAGAGCACCAUAUGCAUUGUUCCAGUCCAGGGUUACCGUACCUUAUUAUAUAUGAAAUAAAUGAAGUGCUCUAAUAUUUCGUCCUGUGGGAAUUAAUAAUGUGUGUUUCCAAUA